AUGAGCAUCGGUGGCGUCGCACCUGGCGGCGCUGCGGGAAGCGCAACGCAAUCGCAGCUUCCUAGCCAGAUACAAACGCAGCAUUCCAGCAGCACUUCUAUCCUUAGCGAUCCACCUCUGCCGACCGAGACGAGCGGCAGUGGGGCGAACAGGACUGGACUCGUCGCUACUGCUAUUGGAAACUCUAGCGCUGGAAGGGAAAGGAAGAAGGCUAGAAGGGAUUGA